AAUUAAUGUAAGAGAGAAUCAGAGAAUAAUUAUUAUCUCCUUAAUUCAAAGAAACAGAAUAAGAAGUUACUGCUUAAGAACUUCGCAAGUUCUCUAGCAUAUCUGCUAUUGAAAUGAACACACCUGAUACAAAGUAUCGUUCUACUAUUACACCUUCUAAGAUGGAUACAUCUAAAGAAAUGUAUUCAUUACACUAUAGAAAUAAAACAUGUGAGGAUGACAUCUUUCGAUUAUAUGAUGAAAUCAAGGAUCUUUAUUAGAAAAGAGAAUUUGAUUAGCCAACACUUGUUGAACCUAAAAUACUUUUUACAAACCAAGAAUAUCCUUCUAAAAUCAUGUAUUAUUAUCAAAUUAAAUUAGAGUUAAACGAAAGAAAAUGGAAGUAUAACUGAACAAUAAUCAGGUGUUAAUUGAUAAGAUUUACAGAGCCAAUCUAAUAACCUAUAAUAACCUAUACAACGUUAUUUGAUUUUGUCAAUUGAAG